ACUUCGUGGCUCCAUCAUUUACCGCCUGCAGCAUUGCACACAACACUUCGACUCGUCCGACUUGAUGGAAGCCAGAGUCGAGCGCAAUGUCCAAGCGCACUAUCGGCGGUGGAAGAGUACUAGGAAGCGGUAGAACUCUAGGACCCCCCAUCCCACCGCCGAAGCCAACUUCACCUCUCCCCACUCAUGUACUCUCCCCUUCUACGUCCAGCCUAUCCUUGAAUACCUCAGAGAGCGGAGCCUCAACACCUCUUUCUUCCGAUCCUCAAGACAUCGCCGCUCGAGUCUCGCUCGAUCAUGGCACUCCAGAUCUAUCUGUUGCAGCGGCGGCUGCUGGAGACCGCUUGGUCUGCCCAAUAUGCAACGAGGAAAUGGUGACACUGUUACAAUUGAACCGACAUCUAGAUGACGCACAUAAGGAAAUAGAAGAGGAACAGCAAGAUGAAGUCAAAGAUUGGUUCAAACAGCAAAUGGUCAAGGCAAAGAAGUUCCAACCGCUUGCAGUCUUGAAUCAGAAACUCAAGGGUUUAGAUGUUUUCGAGUCGAAUCAUGACAUGUCUCGAAGUAGCACUCCAACCCCUAGACGAGAAUCUGUUGCAAGAGAAGUGCGAGAUGCUGCCCCGGCUACACCACCGAAGCCGGCGUCAACUGUCAUUGACCCAGAAGAUAUCAUCACCAAGCAACAUUGGCAGAAGAGGACAGGCUAUGAUGUAUGCUCGGAUCCAGCAUGUGGGAAGAGACUUGGUGGCACUUCAACCGGUAUCGUCAAUUGUCGACAUUGUGGUAAACUCUUCUGUGACGAGCAUACGAUGUACCAGAUGAAGUUGUCGAGAUCCGCACAGCACGAACCCGUACGAGGCAUGUGGUACAGGGUUUGUGAAACCUGCUACAAAAGUCGUGAUGGAUACAUGGACAGGCAUGGUCUCGAACGAGACCAGAUGAGCGCUUUUGAGAGUGUAAGGCGAAGCAAACUAAGUCAGAAAGAGAUGGAGGUUUCUCGUCUGGAGAAAAGGCUCUCAAGACUGACACAGCUGCUUGCGAAUCCCCCAGAAGAGGUUGUCCAGCCAGCUACUAACAAGAGAUGGUCAUUGAAUUGGACUCAGACCGACCCUCGCAAGGUACUGGAGCAGAGUAUCGUGGCAUGGCAAGAUGACGCGGGAGUUCCACGCUGUCCGUAUUGUCAGCAGGAUUUCUCUCAGUACACGUUUCGGCGGCAUCACUGCCGAACAUGUGGCAAAGUUGUCUGCGGCGAUCCAGUGACGGGCUGCUCAACCGUUGUCGGCCUCAGUGUUGCAACUACUAACAAACGCCUCUCCACCACAGAAAAGCCACCUCCGAAUAAUACGGUUUCACUUGAUAUUCGGCUCUGCAAGGAAUGCAAUCAUACCAUAUUCUCGGGUCGGGACUUCCAAGCUUCAUUGACAUCUCCUGCAAUUGAAGCCUUCACACGAUCUUACAGCAACCUGCUGCAAUUUGAACGUGGCAUUCGUCUUCUGUUGCCAAAGUUCCAGAAACUGCUGCAAGCCCUCCAGGAUCCUGACCAUCCGCCAUCAUCCACCCAAAUCUCCGAUGCUGCACGAACACGUAAACGACUUAUGGACUCAUUUACGCAGUACGAUACGGCAGCACGACGCAUUAGAGACCUACCCAGUCAGUUACCAACCCAGCUAAAACUGCAAAAGGCGAUCUAUCAGAAUGCAACACAAUUCCUGCAUCUGCACAUGCUCCCUUUAAAGUCACUUCCCAAAGUUUUGAAGCAUGCUACGCCACACGGCAAUAGUAGCACCCCCAAGCUGGAUCCGAACAAUCCUCGCUCGUCCCUGGCCGUCCUCAACAAUAGUCACAUGCGGCAUGACAGCUCAUCUAACAUGUCCGUUGCAAGUUUUGCAUCUUCCCGGGUUAGCGAGCUCGAAGCCGAAGAGAAAUCGCUACGGGAGCGUCUCAUUGUCCUCGAAGAGCAGAAGUUCAUGGUGCAAGAAAUGAUUGCUGACGCCAAUCGAAGGCGCAAAUUUGACGAGGUGGCAGCUUUGGCCGGUAAUGUCGAAGACCUCAGUACUGAGAUUGACAGUGUCCAGAAGAUGGUUGACAAUCUGCGUGGUGAGUUCGAAGGCGUUUAUACUGGGGGCGGUGGUCUGGGUAGUGGCGUCAAUAGUCCAGUAAGAAGGCCGUCGGAUAUGGGCACCAGUUUGGGAAAGAUCACCUAACCCCGGAAUUACGACCCUGCGGGGCCCUUGAGGCCUAUUGAGGCUGAUAUCUGAACAACACGAGAAGCCGAGGCCGAUUAUGGAAUUGCUGGGACAGCGGAAUAGUGGCCGCCCACCACGGAAACCGGCACUGUUCUUCACUAUGGCACCAUCAACCUCAAACUUCAUCCA